AUGGCUUCAAUAGAAUUAUAUGAAGCAUCAAUAGCGUUAUUCUUUUUUCUCAUAUUCUGUUUCUUGUUUAACAAGAAACCCUUUAGUAACUUACCCAUCAAGAAAACCCUCAAAAGCUACCCUUGGAAUUGGCCGGUUCUCGGUAUGCUUCCCGGUGUACUAGUGAGGCUCCACCGUAUAUAUGACUGCAGCGUCGAAGUUUUCGAGAACUCCAACUUGACAUUCCAAUUCAAGGGUCCAUGGCUCUCUGGGAUGGAUAUAUUGGUCACAGUUGAUCCAGCUAAUAUCCAUUAUAUAUUGAGCUCAAAUUUUUCAAACUACAUCAAAGGUCCUGAGUUCCAAGAAAUCUUUGAAGCAUUUGGAGAUGGAAUCAUCAACUCAGACUCAGAGCUAUGGAGGAAUCUGAGGAAGUCUUCUCAGGUCAUAUUCAGCCAUCAAAAGUACCAAAACUUCUCAACAAGUACUACUCGAAGGAAGCUCAAAGAUGGGCUCAUACCUCUUUUGGGUCAUUUUGCAGAUGAAGAGAUGGUUGUGGACUUGCAAGAUGUGUUCCAGAGAUUCAUGUUCGACACAACUUUCAUUUUCAUAACCGGGUCUGAUCCUAGAAGUCUCUCUAUUGAAAUGCCUGAGGUUGAGUUUGCUAAAGCUCUUGAUGAUGUUGGAGAAGUGAUUGUGUUUAGGCAUAUCACACCAAGAUUCUUGUGGAAGAUUCAAAAAUGGAUUGGAAUAGGAACUGAGAAGAAGAUGAUGAAAGCUAUUGCCAUUCUUGAUAGUGUUUGCGCAAAAUAUAUAUUAGCCAAGAGAGAAGAGAUAAGGACAUCACAAGAGAUUACUCGUGAUGCCGAUGAAGAAAGUGAGGAGGAUCUUUUGACGUCCCACAUAAAGCUAGAUAAAACCAAGUACGAGCUCUUGGAUCCUGAAGAUGAUAAGUUCCUCAGAGACUUCACGGUAGGUUUCAUGGCAGCUGGGAGAGAUUCAACGGCUUGUACACUCACUUGGUUCUUUUGGAUUAUAUCUGAAAACCCUAACGUGUUGACCAAGAUUCUUCAAGAGAUCAAAGAAAAUGUACCAAUAAGUAGGAGUGAUGACCAAGGCAAGUCAUUGUACUUAAACAAGUUGGUGUAUCUACAUGCAACAAUAAGUGAAUCAAUGAGGCUAUACCCACCAAUCCCAUUCGAACGCAAGUCACCAAUUAAGCCAGAUGUGCUUCCAAGCGGGCAUAAAGUCAAAUCGAACAUCAAUAUUAUGAUAUUUCUUUAUGCAAUGGGAAGAAUGAAAGAUGUGUGGGGAGAAGACGCGACGGAGUUCAAGCCAGAGAGAUGGAUUUCGGAGACAGGAGGGUUGAGACAUGAGCCUUCUUACAAGUUUUUAUCGUUCAAUGCCGGUCCAAGGACAUGUCUAGGUAAGAAUUUAGCCAUGGAUCUGAUGAAGAGAGUGAUUGUGGAGAUAUUACAAACAUAUGAGAUUAAUGUCGUUAAUGGACAAAAGAUUGAGCCUAAACCUGGUCUUAUUCUUCACAUGAAGCAUGGGCUCAAAGUCAAAAUUGCUAAGAAAUGUUCCAGGUUGGAGUAAGAUGAUCAAGCUAAUUUAUGAUUUAUGAAAUGUUUUAUUUUCUUUCCUAACGAUUUUAUUAAUCAAUGUUCAAGUUGUAUCAAUCUCUUUCAGACAAACGUUGAUAUUAUCAUA